CGACUGCGAAGAGAGAAGACGCGCUCGAUCCAGACUCACCUGUUUCCUUCAAACUUUAGUUUAAAUUGUGAAAGAAACCCUGCAUUACCUUUAACAUGCCUCGAGCACAACCACCCAAGAAAAUGCAAAGGAGUUCCAUGAGCAUUUUGGACUUUUUUCCUCCUAAAAAGCAGACUGACCACAACAUUGAUGCCAGAGAGACGCCACAAACUUGUGACAAUGAUCAGGAAAACAUGGAUCAUAGGAGUAAUACAGAAGCAAAAAACGGUCAUGAACUGCCGAAGGAAAAGAUGGGACAUUUUUGUAAGGCGGAAGAUAAAGAUGGACUAUCAAAAAGCCAUUUGCAGCAGGAAGCAGAAUGGGAAAACCACACUUUCCAGUUCUGUUACGAAAAGGAGAAAUAUUCGUUGGUUUGCGACCCAUCCUUUAAUGUGCUUGAUGCUCUGAAUAAAAGCGACUUUUUCAAGAACAUUAAAUCAAAAAAGAACAACACCGAGAAAGAAGUACUUAUCCAAAGACGCUCCAAAGGAGGAGUCCCUACAGCUGCGGUGAAGACAGAUUUCCCCAGCUGUCUUUUUGAAAAAGAUGAAAUCAUUGAUGUAACCUUCAUCAAAAAUGAUGGAAAUGCUUCUACAAAAGCAAAACCAACUGCUGCUAUUUCAUGCCUAAAAACACCUGAAAAGUUUGUCACCUUCUACAUAAAAAAAAAAGGAGGCGAGAAAGUUAAACGUUUAUUGAAGAGCAAUGCCCUGAUGCGAGAAGUUGACUAUGUUUGUGUUUAUGCAUUAAAAGUCGAGAAACAAAAAAAAAUAAAAGUGAAAACUGCUCUGAAGCGUGAUGGACGAUUUAUCAAUGUUAUAUAUAAGAAACAAUGUGCACUAUCUGAGUUUGGUAGCAAGACGAUUCAUGCUUUGUCACACCCUGUAGAACAUCUUGAUGGAAAGGUUUUCCAGGUAGUCGUUGUCAGUGACACCAUCCAGAUAGAUAGCCAAGAGGAUUUUACACCUGUUCACACUGAAUCUAUUGUAGCUUCAGAAAAUGCUGUCCAAGAAAAUGGGUCAGGCCAGAAUCAAGACAAAUCUGAGAAAGAAACCCCUCAAAAUGGAAACACAAAAUCCACAAAUUCUUCUCCGAAGAGAUGUGUCCCAGAAUCCAUUCCAAACUCUGAAGAGAUUCUAAAAAUUUUGCGUAAUCAGUAUAAAGAUUUACUGCAGACGCUAAAAGAGCGAGAACAACUCCGGGACAAACCACAGGUCCAGAAGUUCUUUAGAGCUGAAUAUGAUAAAAGCGUUCAGAGUUUCACUGAGGUGAAGAAAGUUAAGCGGCUUAUGGAGUUGUCUGAGUCUGUAUGUCUGAUUAUGGUGGAGGACUCUCCCAAAGGAACUGGCUUCCUACUCUUCGACAGAUUUAUCCUCACCAAUGCUCAUGUUAUUGGGGACUUUGACCCUUUCUCAAGGAAACUUUCAAAGCCCUUCACAGCAGCUUUUGGAAAUGAAGAUUUGGAACAAAAUAAGAUCAAGCGUGUAUCCAUCAAGGAACAUGUUAUAGCUUACUUUAAUGGAACAAAUGACAUGAAUGUGCAUCUUGACUAUGCUCUUCUUGAAUUGAACAUUGAUGAAAUGACCGACUAUCCUAAAUUACUGAGUCGUUUCAACUGUGGCCCUACUCCUAACAGAGGUGGGAUCUGCAUUGUGGGACAUCCUGGUGGUGGUGUGAAGAGAAUGGACCCCUGCUUCAUCAUUGCAAGAGAGAAUCGACAGGAGGCUGAAACGAAACACUUAUCUGAGAAUGUCGAAUUCAUUCAUGUCAUUACACAGAAGUCUAUUGCAGAGAAAUGGGACAUUCAUGAAAACCAGAUCACUUAUGACUCUUGUUUCUUUCAUGGAUCUUCUGGCUCCCCAGUUUUUGAUGAAGACUGUUAUCUGAUUGGUAUGCACACUGGUGGAUACGUGUACCCAGGAAAAGGAAAAUUUAGGAGUGUUAUGGAAUAUGCCUAUUCCAUGCAGUCCAUCAUGGAAAAUGUUAUCAAACAGGUGAUAAAUGAGUGGUAGAUCUGACAUCUUAAAUUUACUGUCUGAUUUUAAAUCUUUACGUUUAAAUUUUGACUUGAGCAAUGAUGUGGAAAUGACAGAAGAACCACAAAAUCAGGAAGACAGGAUCUG